GUCGGUUUCGUACGUUUUGCAAACGAACGGGACGCUCUGGCAGCGUUGGAUUCAAUCAAAACAAAUCCAAUUAUCCUGCCCGAAUGCACGGAACCGGUUGAGGCUAAAUUCGCCGACAAGCACAAUCCGGACACCCGACGCCGUCGUUAUCCGGCCACUGCAUCCGUUCUUCAAGCUUCCAGUAUGAGCAAUUUACUUGGCUAUCCUCUAGCACUCAGUCAUCCGGGGGCACAAGUUGCAAGCACUGAUCCUCUAGCUGCCCUGAUCAAUGGCAGUUUGUCAGUUCACCAUCAUCAUCAACAAACCACCGCAGCCGCACAGCGUCUUGCUCAAGGCCUGCUGGCUACCCCAGUCACAGGAAAGCUGACCAGUGCGGUGAGUUCGAACACGAAUAACCCGCUGGCAGUCGGACCCGAUUUUACCGGACUCAGUACGAACCCCGGGACAACCCCAGGUGGGGCAGAUUCCCAUCUGAACGCCUUCGCGGCAGCCGCUGUGGCUGCAGCUGCUCUCCUGGGCGGAGGUGCCGGUGCAAAUGCGAAUUCGGUGCGUUCAAAUCCGGUCAAUCCGGCCGCCGGACCAGCCGGUGCGGGACAUUUCAAUCCGAUUUCACUGAAUACAGCCGGUCUGUUCUCGACUGCUUCUCUCUCUUUGAUGACCAAUCCGACAAUAAGUAUGGCCACUGGGGCUGCCGCAGCAACCGAUCCUGCACUCCUCGAUCCCAGUUUAUACGGCUGUACGGUCUACGGAGCGGAUUACUUUCGUCAAACUCAACAACAACAUCAGCAACAACAACAACAACAACAGCAACAGCAGCAGCAACAACAGCAACAACAGUUAGCCGCUGCCGUUGCUGCAAUGAACAAUGCGACUCCGUCCGGUUCCCUUUAUUCACCAGUACCGGAUUUGGCCCAAUUUAUGGGCUAUCCGAACGGUCUGCUUGCAUCACAACAUCCGGUAGCGGCUUCGUUGAAUGGAUCGGUCACUUGUCUGGCUCCGACCGGUCCCAGUCUCGGACCGGUCUAUUCGGCUCAGGCGGCCGGUCUGCUCCCAGCCCCGAAUGCCGCCUUGGCUGAUCCGCUCGGAUUGGUCACCACAUCCCGACCGACUGCCACAGCCGCUGCGAUGCACUCCUGGUUAUUGCCCAAUCCGUUGCUCAAAGCCGGUUCAACCGACCCCACAGUCCCCGUCGCGCAAGCAACCAUGCUAUCCAGCAAUCCGACUGGGGUAUCCGGAUUCGAUCGAAAUUGCAAACAUGUGCAGUUGUUUAUCUAG